CCACAUCCACGGUAGCAGGAGGGGUGAGGUGGCCAGCCGCUGAUCCACCGGUAUCAUGGCUUCCUAACAGGACGGGGGGAAGUGACUGAGUGGAAAAACAAGGAUUUUUGUCUAAUGUCCAACUGAUCAUCGCCCUUUCUAGAACCUGAGAUUGGGACAGAGGGGCUCGGCCUCCCUUUUCGCCUCUCACGGCCGCCCCUGAGAUCCAGUAUAUACUUUAAUUCUUCUCGUGAAUUUCCAUUCUUGAACCGUGGAAGAUGGCCGACCCGGCGGAGUGCACCAUCAAAGUGAUGUGCCGUUUUAGGCCCCUGAACAGCUCCGAGGUGACCAGGGGCGACAAGUACAUUCCCAAGUUUCAAGGGGAAGAUACCGUCAUUAUCGGGGGUAAACCUUACAUGUUUGACAGAGUGUUUCAGUCAAAUACAACACAAGAACAAGUGUACAACGCCUGCGCCCAAAAGAUUGUAAAAGAUGUUCUCGAGGGUUAUAAUGGGACAAUUUUUGCAUAUGGGCAGACAUCAUCUGGUAAAACACACACCAUGGAGGGGAAUCUCCAUGACACAGAUUCAAUGGGAAUUAUCCCCAGGAUAGUGCAAGACAUCUUCAACUACAUCUAUUCCAUGGACGAAAACCUAGAGUUUCAUAUCAAAGUUUCAUAUUUUGAAAUCUACUUAGACAAGAUCCGGGACCUUUUGGACGUGUCAAAGACCAAUUUGUCAGUGCACGAAGACAAAAACAGAGUACCUUAUGUCAAGGGCUGCACUGAGAGAUUUGUCUGCAGCCCAGAGGAGGUCAUGGAUACAAUUGAUGAAGGAAAAGCUAACAGACAUGUAGCAGUUACAAACAUGAACGAGCACAGCUCCAGGAGUCACAGUAUUUUCCUGAUCAACGUUAAACAGGAGAAUACUCAAACAGAGCAGAAGCUCAGUGGAAAGCUCUACCUGGUAGAUCUGGCUGGUAGUGAAAAGGUCAGUAAAACAGGUGCUGAGGGAGCAGUGCUGGAUGAAGCCAAGAACAUCAACAAGUCCCUGUCAUCCCUGGGAAAUGUCAUCUCUGCAUUGGCUGAAGGAACGGCUUACAUCCCUUACCGAGACAGCAAGAUGACCCGUAUCCUGCAGGACUCGCUGGGCGGUAACUGUCGAACCACCAUUGUCAUCUGCUGCUCACCUUCCUCCUUUAAUGAGGCUGAAACCAAAACCACCCUAAUGUUCGGGCAGAGAGCAAAGACCAUCAAGAACACAGUGACAGUGAACAUUGAGCUGACAGCAGAGCAGUGGAAGCAGAAGUAUGAGAGAGAGAAGGAGAAGAACAAGACCCUGAGGAACACCAUCACGUGGCUGGAGAAUGAGCUGAACCGCUGGAGAAAUGGUGAGAGCGUGCCAGUGGAGGAGCAGUUUGAUAAGGAGAAAGCCAACGCCGAGGUGCUGGCCCUGGAUAAUGUUAUAAACGAAAAGGCGGCCUCAACGCCCAACGUGCCCGGCGUUCGGCUCACUGACGUGGAGAAGGACAAGUGUGAAGCAGAGCUGGCCAAACUCUAUAAACAGCUGGAUGAUAAGGAUGAGGAAAUCAACCAGCAGAGCCAGCUGGCUGAGAAGCUGAAGCAACAGAUGCUGGACCAGGAGGAGCUUCUAGCCUCUUCCCGCCGUGAUCAUGAGAACCUCCAGACAGAGCUGAACCGCCUCCAGGCGGAAAACGAAGCCUCAAAGGAGGAGGUGAAGGAGGUGCUGCAGGCUCUGGAAGAGCUGGCUGUCAAUUAUGACCAGAAGAGCCAAGAGGUGGAGGAUAAAACCAAGGAGUUUGAGACCAUCAGCGAGGAGCUCAGCCAGAAAUCGUCCAUCCUGUCAUCUCUGGACUCUGAGCUUCAGAAGCUGAAGGAGAUGUCCAACCACCAGAAGAAGAGGGUGACUGAGAUGAUGUCAUCACUGCUUAAAGACCUAACUGAGAUUGGCAUCGCUGUAGGCAGCAAUGACAUUAAGCAACAUGACGGUGGCAGUGGUCUGAUUGAUGAGGAGUUUACAGUGGCCCGUCUGUACAUCAGCAAGAUGAAGUCAGAAGUGAAGACGAUGGUGAAACGCUGCAAGCAGCUAGAGGGAACCCAGGCAGAAAGCAACAAGAAGAUGGAUGAGAACGAGAAGGAACUGGCUGCCUGCCAGCUGCGCAUCUCCCAGCAUGAGGCUAAAAUCAAGUCCUUGACUGAGUACCUGCAAAAUGUGGAGCAGAAGAAGAGGCAGUUGGAGGAAAAUGUGGAUGCUCUCAAUGAGGAACUUGUCAAGCUCAAUGCUCAAGAGAAAGUCCAUGCUAUGGAGAAAGAGAACGAGAUCCAGACUGCCAAUGAAGUCAAGGAAGCAGUGGAGAAGCAGAUCCACUCCCAUCGUGAAGCUCAUCAGAAACAGAUCAGCAGCCUGAGAGACGAGCUGGACAACAAGGAGAAGCUCAUCACCGAGCUGCAGGAUCUGAAUCAGAAGAUCAUGCUGGAGCAGGAGAGACUCAGAGUGGAGCAUGAGAAGCUCAAAUCCACCGAUCAGGAGAAGAGCCGCAAGCUGCACGAGCUCACGGUGAUGCAGGACAGGAGGGAGCAGGCCAGACAGGACCUGAAGGGUCUGGAAGAGACAGUGGCUAAAGAGCUGCAGACUCUGCACAACCUGAGGAAACUCUUUGUCCAGGACCUGGCCACCCGAGUAAAGAAGAGCGCUGAGAUGGACUCAGAUGACACAGGUGGGAGUGCAGCUCAGAAACAGAAAAUUUCCUUUCUUGAGAACAAUCUUGAACAGCUCACCAAGGUUCACAAACAGCUGGUGCGUGAUAAUGCAGACCUGCGCUGUGAGCUUCCUAAACUGGAAAAGCGUCUUCGAGCUACGGCUGAGCGGGUCAAGGCCUUGGAGUCUGCUUUGAAGGAAGCCAAGGAGAACGCCGCCCGCGAUCGCAAGCGCUACCAGCAGGAAGUGGACCGCAUCAAAGAGGCCGUCAGAGCCAAGAACAUGGCCAGGAGGGGACAUUCAGCCCAGAUUGCCAAACCCAUCAGGCCUGGGCAGCAGCCAGUAGCAUCCCCCACCCACCCCAACAUUAACCGCAGUGGAGGAGGCUUCUACCAGAACAGCCAGACGGUGUCCAUCAGAGGAGGGGGCAGCAGCAAGCCUGACAAGAACUGAAGAGCAGCAGAACAGAAGGACGACACCACAGAAGAAGCCAAUAUCACCCCCCGCCCACCCCGACAGCCUGUCAUUCCAUUACAGCGAACAGACUCCUCGUCGCUGCUUUGGAACCACGAAGGAGUUUCUGAAAUAUAAAUAUAUAUAUAUAAAUAUUCCCAGCUUGUACAGCUCCAGCCCCCCCCACCAUCACACCUCCACCUACCCACCCCCCUCUCCCCGACGUUCUAAUCAUGACUUAUCUCUUUUUCUCUUACUGGAUAUAAUAAAAGAAAGAAGACAACCGUUUUAAUUUACAAAAAGCCAAGAUAAUAUUCUUAUUCAGGCAACCAAACGCAGUCUUGAGCGAAGCCUCGGCGAGCGAAGCCUCGGCGAGCGAAGCCUCGGCGAGCGAAACCGCAGCGCAACUCGAAUGUGUAACUUCGGGUUUGUUGAUUUUAUUUAGUUUUUUUCUUUUUCGUUUUGCACAGUCUGUCGUCAUCUGUCGUCGUGCGAGUAGUUCUGCACUGUGCCAAGCUGAAUGUAACGGUCGAAAGAUCCAAAAAAUUCAUAGAAAUAAACGCCUAAUACUAAAAAAGACCAAAAAAAACGAAGAGGAGACCCUACAGUGAGAAACAGCUUGACCCUAUAAAGCUAACCUCUGUACAGUUCAUUGUUAUUAUUAUUAUAAUUAUUAUUAUUAUUAUCAUUGGCUGUUAACCACACUUUUCUCUGGGUAGAUUUUACAUGCUUCUUUACGGGAAAAACAAAAAGUACAAAAAAAUGUUUUGAAUUGACUAGAUGGCGUCGAGCACUACUGUUCUGUCUGAUCUUGUUGUACAGUUGUAAAAUUGGCACUACUGCACACGUUUCCCUGGAGAGACGAGGCUAAACACAAGGAUUAAACUAAAGCCAAGAAGACGUGCAACAGUGUACCGUAGGUGUAUUUACCUAAAUACCUGUGGAGGCCAACUGUUUUUAAUAUUAAGUUAAAAAAAAAAAAACUAUACUCGUUAAUGGUGGCUUCAUGAGAAGGAUGCAAAGAAUGUAGAAUGAAGGGAAAAGAGAGGAGGAGGAUCCGGUUAACACAACAGACUUCCACCUUUUAGCAUAGCCUAUGCUACGUAGCUAAAUGUACUGUUUUUACUUCUCUCAGUGGUUAAUAAUGACGUGUUAAUGGAAGCUGUUUAAUAUCUCUCUGCACAUUGGAGCACAUAGAUUGCAAGUGUAUAGAUGGAAAUAGUACACAAAGCUCGUCCUGUCCUCGCUGGGUCCCUGUCGGUAACUCAUCUCCUUUCACUCGUGUAUUCAGGACCUCUUCUUUUUUGGUUCUUGUUACUAGUUUGACUGUUGAAUCCCUACAGUGUCAUGUUUUCUUUUUCAAGGGUGCCUCGCUUCUUCCGUCUUCCCUCCCCACACCUUAUAGAUUAAAAGACCCGUAACUGUAUGCGCCCCCUUUCGGUUAUAAAUUAGCAGAGUGUCAUGCUGGGUUUUAUGUACUGUAUCUCUUUCUUUGUUCCAUAGAUGGUGUAGAUUUCUAUUUCAAAAUGGGGGGUAAUGAUGGGCGGGUGGAGUGGGAUCGUUCAGUUGAUGGGUUAAACCUUCGCCGCUGAUCAGCCAGUCAGGGAGAGCGGGGUCUAUAAUUGCACAAUGAUCUUCUGUUAUCAUCUGGAGGAAGGGUCUAUUUAACUAAAUCUAACCAGGGGUGUAGAUUUUUUGUGUUUUUGUUUUUUGUUGUUUUUUUUUUAGUGGGUUUUUUUAAAUUGUUAUUAAUUUCCCAUCACAUCUUUAUUUUAACCCUGUGAAGCCCCACUGCAUUUGGCAAAGAGCUUGUUGUGAUUGUAAUCCCAGCAUGAGAACACUAACAUCUUGUGCAAGUGCAAUAUACUGUAAAAUACACUGUAUAUCAGUCGGCCGGCAGGUGUGAUCAGGGUGUGGUUGCAGUGGUAGUACCUGCCCAAUCCUCCUUUUUGUGUUGCGUUUACUUUCACUGGUGUCAAGUCCUCGGUGUGUGCUCUCUUUCUUUGAUCACUCUUUCUGAAAAGCUGAGACAUGUUGCAGAUCUUUUGUUUUGUUGUUUUAUAUAAACCUCAUAUUCUAUAUCAAAUCUACUGCAGCUGCUGUAAUGGAAAGUUAACAAAAGUGCACAGAUUGUAUAAAAAAUCACAUAUGACCCAAAGUUUUGAGUUUGAAGCUUUUUAGGAAGACUGGUCAAAGAAACUUCUACUGAAAAAGGAUACGUUUUGAGACUGGUGGAACGAAUGUAGCUGGAAAACAAAAGGAGGGGAAAUGAUUUUGACUAAAACCUGUUAUCUCCAUACAGGAAAGCUGGGUGUAAAACAGCACUUCUUUAGCUGCACUCAGAUAAAAACACUCCACAUGUGGCUGUUUUUGAGUGGAGGAGGGGAAGAAAAGUUUUGACAACUGCUUGUUGUCGCUGAAGUGUAUUCAGUUGUAAUAAUUACGCUCUGCAAGAUGCAGGGAGGAGUAGCUCCCUGCAUCUAUGACAGGACAGUGUUUGGUGUCUUAUGGAGACGGUUUAUACCCUCUGUGUAACCUUCUAGAUUUAGCUGAGACAUUGCAGCGUGGACCUCAAGAUGUUCAUCCUUUGACCUCCCACCAAAACUGGACACGAAAUGGGGAAUAAAUACAGCAAAAAGAUAAAUACGUGUGUUUACCUAAAUUAAAUUUUGCAUUAAUUCUAAAUUAAAAGUGUAGCCACUUUUUUUUUAUUACUGUGUAAUAGUUGGUCAGUUUUUAAAAGGACAGUUUUGGGGCUCCAUCAGUGGACAAGGUACUGGAUCAUUCCUGGAGAACUGGGGCACAAAUGGCUGGGCUCUGAUACGGACGGAGACGGGACGUUAAUGAGAUCAGUUUUGGAUUGACUGCAUGAUGUAAAUGUAUGUGUGAUUAAAUAAUUAUGAGGAAAAAACUGCCCCCUCUGUGUUCUGUCAUUUGACUCUUGUGAAUGUGGAGAUGGGUUUCACGUGGCUGUUUCCCUUUUACGUACAUACACUGGUCGACUGUUUCUUUUUUUUUUUUGGUUUGUGGCUUUGUUCUGAGAACUCUCCUGGAAUUAGAGAUGGGGUCUUCUUUCAUGCUUUAACACAGUCACUUCAAGCAAAUCCAGGUACAUAUAAAAUAUUUCCCCAGUCUUAAGUGGAAGGAUUUGCCACUGAGUGGCAUCAGCCCACUAGAUGGUUUUACAAAGUGUGAAAAUUGCUGUGAGGAAAGCUGCAGUUAGCUAACACAGAAAGACAGCAACUCACACCUACAGCCAUUUUAGAAUCACCAAUAAAUCCAAUUUACAGUCAUGGCAAAAAGAAAGUACACCCUCUGUCAGUUCAGGUUUUACAUAUAAUUAAAGAAGGGCGUAAAAUUUGGUGAAUACGACCUCAGAUGAAUGAAAUACAUGACGUAUUGCAUGAAGAUGAAGCCAAAGUGCAGAAGCAGUACACCUUACUGCUUCAUCGUGAAUUAAGAGGACAAGUAGCAUAUGAUCAUUUGCAAGUGUGAGUGCCUUGACUAAAGCAAAGGUCUUGGCAGUUUGCUGGUCUGAAGCAUUUAGGUGUGUGUAAACACAAGGCCAAGGAAGGAGGGACCAGCAGUGGUCUUAGAGAAGCAACUUGCUGCCCAUUAUAUUUAAGAACUGACAGGGGAUAUACUAGCUGUCCUGAUGACUGAACCCAUCUUUGAAAAGUUUGCAAACACAGAAAAGUGCCAGUCGGCUGGUGGAUUCAAACCUGUGUGCAGUGUGUCGCCCAGCACAACAACUAAAACAAGUGAAAAUAUAGGACAUUUUCUCAGUAUGCCGGGGAUGUCCCAGCCACAGUGGGACACCUGAUUCCCCCAGACUCAGGAUGUUAAAGUUGUAAAUAGUAAAAUUCUAUUGUUUCUUGGCCAUUGAUCAGUGGUCAUGACAGUCUGCAUGUUAAUGAUCAUGAAACUGACCUCAUGACCCCAUUGUUAAUCAGUGGUGCUAGGUUUGGUCUUUAUGCAAAUGUACUGUUUAUAAAGUCGGGGAAACCUGCAGUCGGCUGAGACUAAAGAAGUCACUUUGAUGAGUAAUGAAACAUUUCUCCCACUGAAAACACAAUGUCCAGAUCAGCAGAAUCAACUUUCUGCGAUACUGUAUCUUUACAAAACCUUUGCAGUUUUUGUGCUUUUGUAGAGCCGCUGUGAUCCAUGCAUACUAACAAACCUGUAAUAACUCCUGAGGGAAUACUGAUGCUUUUUUCUUUUUAAAUAGAUGGUUCAUUAAAGGCUCAUUUGAAGUAAAAUCUUGGCCAAAUAUGCCUCAUAAACAUCAAUGACUUUGAUUUCUGUUGUUGCCUCAAGCGAUGGGUGUCAAACAUGCAGCCUGGGGUCCAAAAUGGCCCACUAAAGGGUUCAAACUGGCCAACUGGAUGAGUUUGUCUUUAUAGUGUUUAUAAAAAUAAGACAAAGUUAAAAGUAGUGUAAAACUUUUGAUGUAGAACAGUGCAGCUUUUGGUCCCAUUUGUAGAUGGGCUGUGAAUUGUAACACACAGGGAAAGGAAUGGGCAUUUUGUAAACCGUAAAAUGAUAGUUGAUUGAUUGUUCAUUUGCUGGUCACUCACUUGACAGCACAUUGGGCUGAUUAGCACAUUGUAUGUGUGCCAUGAACUAAAAGUUGACACAAUUUCUUUUUCGUUUUAAAAGCAGACACAAUUACGCACAAUGUAUUUGUAGUUCGCGGUCAUCACCGCCAGGUUGCGCUAAAUCCCCUUUUGUGUCCGGAACACCUGAAAGUUCGAACCAUGUGUAUAACUCACAAACAAGAGAAGAGGUCUCACUACGAUAGCUAGUGAUUAGUCAUUAGCCACUUACAACUACAGCAUUGCCUGAUAAAAUAGUGCUAAGUUUAAUUAGUUUGUUAAAUGUGCAUGUACAAGACCGGUGACUAUGGUAACUUACAAUUAGUUAAACCGGAAAGUUUUAUUUUUGUGUUUUCCGGAAAAUAUAUAGAAUAGCACGUCUUGUCUGCAUAGACGAUCUUUGCUUGAAGGUAGUUGCGAAGUUCUCGGGGCAAGCGACUCCACGGGAGCGAGCACUGCUGUAGAUUACACACCGGCUAGGGAAGAGCAGGACGGACUGGAACGCCGCUCUCCGACAAACCUGACAAGUAGGGAAAUAGUUUCACACGGUGGCCGGUCGACGGCGAAGUUUACUGGGAGUUUGACUACACCCGGGAGCACCGUCGUGUCGGUGUGUUCCCCCCUGGGAGCCAGCGGAGGAGGUAGGUGAAGGUGCGUAUCUGUGCCUCAGUGCGGGACACUGAGGAAUGCUGUAGCCCUGAAAGCUAAUUAGCUAGCUAACGUUAGAGGGCAGAUUAAAGCAAGACCGAGGAGACCUGCGAGCUGAAACUGAGAGUUAAGACCACAAAACGUGACGUUAAGGUGAAGGUUAAAGCUCUGUACCCACAAAAGAGCCCAAAGCUACUUUCAGACCUAAUAUAUA